AUGCUGGGCCGGGAAACAGCCACACUGGGCCGAGAAACAGCCACCGAGCCGGAAAACAGCCACACUGGACCGGGAAACAGCCACACCAGGUUGAGAGACGACCACACCAGGCUGAGAGACAACCACGCUGGGCCAGGAAACAGCCACGCCGGGCCGGGAAACAGCCACACUGGGCCAGGAAACAGCCACGCCGGGCCGGGAAACAGCCACACCGGGCAAGGAAACAGCCCCGCCGGGCCAGGAAACACCACACUAGGCCAGGAAACAAUCCCGCCGGGCCAAGAAACAGCCAUGCUGGACCAGGAAACAGUCACACCAGGCCAGGAAACAGCCACACCAGGCCAGGAAACAGCCCCGCCGGGCCAAGAAACAGCCAUGCUGGACCAGGAAACAGCCACACCAGGCCAAGAAACAGCCACACCAGGCCAGGAAACUGCCCCGCCGGGCCAGGAUACAGCCACACCGGGCCAGGAAACAGCCCCGCCAGGCCAGGAAACAGCCACACCAGGCCAGGAAACAGCCACACCAGGCCAGGAAACAGCCCCGCCGGGCCAGGAAACAGCCCCGCCGGGCCAGGAAACAGCCCCGCCGGGCCAGGAAACAGCCCCGCCGGGCCAGGAAACAGCCCCGCCGGGCCAGGAAACAGCCCCGCCGGGCCAGGAAACAGCCCCGCCGGGCCAGGAAACAGCCCCGCCGGGCCAGGAAACAGCCCCGCCGGGCCAGGAAACAGCCCCGCCGGGCCAGGAAACAGCCCCGCCGGGCCAGGAAACAGCCCCGCCGGGCCAGGAAACAGCCCCGCCGGGCCAGGAAACAGCCCCGCCGGGCCAGGAAACAGCCCCGCCGGGCCAGGAAACAGCCCCGCCGGGCCAGGAAACAGCCCCGCCGGGCCAGGAAACAGCCCCGCCGGGCCAGGAAACAGCCCCGCCGGGCCAGGAAACAGCCCCGCCGGGCCAGGAAACAGCCCCGCCGGGCCAGGAAACAGCCCCGCCGGGCCAGGAAACAGCCCCGCCGGGCCAGGAAACAGCCACACCAGGCCAGGAAACAGCCACACCAGGCCAGGAAAUAGCCACACCAGGCCAGGAAUCAGCCACAUCAGGACAGGAGACACCGCCACGCUAG